AGUGUGUAAUAACUGUAGCCGGUUUGGUCCUGUUAUUUUAUACAAUAUUUAUCCGGAAUAAAAAGGAGAAACCAAUCGACCGAAUCGAUUUCCAUGUCCAAGGAAUUUGAUCUAGCUUAUAGCUUUUGCUUGGAUUUGGCCUUUUAACUUUGCCGAGGAUAGAAAAGCAGCGGUGAGGCUGCUGCUGUUGAAUGCAAGAGGGCUUUGGGGGACUCGGAGCAGCAGCAGGUAAAGAGAGGCUGCCUCCCCCUCUCUCUCUUUCUUAAAUCUCUUCUUUACUCUCCUUGUUUGAGCAUUUUGUUGGUUCCUUAUCAUUUCUGAAGACUAGAGAAAGGUGGUGAUGAGAUCUUAUUUUGGUGCACUUCUUUCUUCUUAAAUCCCACCCCAUAUAUCUACCUAGCUAUAUUAGAGUUAAGUUCCCUAGCUUUUCUGUCCCAGUUCAUCAAGUAUUUUUUCAAAAAACAGAGCAAACCCAACUGGUUGGUGGCUCGUACAAAGAGAAGAAGAUGUCCUUUCUUCUCAAUCUCCUCCAAGAAGAAGCCCACCAGGUGUUGGUUUUAGCCUGCCCGUUAUCCAACCAUGGAGACCAUAUCUCCGACAUCUUCUUCCGUGUCCGGUUGGCAUGAAGCAUCGACCUUCGAUGAGCUUUCCAUGCAACAGAGCUUGCUCUUCUCGGACAGCCUCAAGGAUUUGAAGAAUUUGCGGUCGCAGUUGUACUCGGCAGCAGAAUACUUUGAAUUAUCUUAUACUAAUGAUGACCAGAAGCAACUAGUGGUGAACACGUUAAAGGAUUAUGCUGUUAAGGCUCUUGUGAAUACUGUAGACCAUUUGGGAUCUGUGUCAUUCAAAGUAAAUGGUCUUCUUGAUGAGAAGGUUGAUGAAGUUUCUGGCACCGAACUUCGUGUGUCUUGCAUCGAACAGAGAAUCCGGACGUGCCAGGCAUUUAUUGAUCGGGAAGGCCUUUCUCAACAAUCUCUGGUGAUUACAGCUCCCAAGUAUCAUAAGCGGUAUAUAUUGCCAGUAGGUGGAUCCCUGCCUGAAUCUGGAAGACAUGCUGUAGCAAAAUAUCAAGAAUCAAAAAUCCUAAGGGAUAGUAUUGAAUUGCAACAUGUUCAGGCUGCAAUUCAACCAACAAUAAGGGACAGAGCACCUUCGUUCAGGAAACUGCGUUCCAUCUCCCCUAGCCCUUCCCAACGAGCACGCUCUUCAUCACCUUCUCGAAAAGUCCGUUCUCCUUCACCUUCUCCCCGGCCUGGGAAAUCUCUGACCAGUACAGAUAGAAGAGCAGUUUCAGCAAUUACAACUUCUAAUCCUCUAGCACGUUCAGGAUCAUUCUCAAGUAGACCAUCUCUUCUCAGUUCAUCAAGCAUUGGACGGCGGCAUCCUUCGGAGCUACAGAAAUCAGCAACUAUGCGCUUGCACGCUGAAAGGAAUGACCAUAAAGAAAUUGAUCAAAACCCAGGUAAAAACAAAAGCUUCCUCAAGUCCCUGCUCAGUAGGCGCAAGUCUAGAAAAGAUGAGAUGCUGUAUAGUUACUUGGAUGAAUAUUGAGGCAUCAGUUCUCAGAAACAUGGGAAGGCAAACAAAUGGCUAACCUCCUGCCAUUUGCCUCCCUUUCUGCUCUAUUUCUCCACACUUUUUGUACCUUUUUUUUCAACAUAUAAAAUGUUGUUUUGUAAAGUGGGGAAGCCUUCAUAUUAGAUUGUAAGUUUUCUAUAUAAUUACGUUAAAUUCAAAAUUACAGCCCAAAGUUCUACAACUA